CAAAAGCUGCAGUUUAUGAAAAUUGCAGUAGUAGAAAAAAGGGACUAGUCUUAACCAAGAGUCACUAGCUUGUCAAUUGUUAAACUGUUUUUAUAUUUAAUUUUAGUCCGUCUACUAGUAUUUAGUGCACAUGACAAAAGUAAUCGUCUGUACAUAUACAUAAGAACGUUCAUAUGCAAACUCCAAUAUAAGAAAUAUUCAUGCCUUUUUGUUUGGGAAGUUAUUCAACCCAAAAUAUGGAGGAAUAUGCUGUAGUAUCAGACAUAUCGGUUGUAGAUGUUUAUGACAUUGCCUCAGAAAUAGGAAAGGAAUGCGAAAAAUUAAUAGACUUAUAUGGAGUAGAAUCUGUAACUAAUCUUAUGCCAAAAGUGAUACAUGCAUUAGAAUUACUAGAAAAUUUAGCAACUAAAAAUGAACGUGAAAAUACAACAGUUCAAGAGUUACGAGCAAAAAUUUCCCAAUUGGAAAAUGAUAAAAUUGGGAAAGCUGAAGACAGACAAAGAUUUGAAAAGGAACUGGAACAAAUUGAAGAACAUUGGCGUCAGGAAUCUCGAGAUUUAGUGGGAAUGGUUACAAGAUUGCAGGAAGAAAAUAGGAGAUUAGCAGAAGCUCUGCAAGAAUCGCGUAGUGACAGUCAGUACAGCAGUAAACAAACUUUUACAGCUAGUCAAGAAGUUGAUGUAGCAGUAUUACAACACCUAAGAUCUAUGAUAGAUAAACAAAGAGAUCAAAUUCGUGCAAGAGAUAAAGAGCUGCUACAAAAAAAUAUGGAGAUAGAAAAUCUGACGACACAAGUUGAAAAAUUUGGAGUCGUCGGCCGAGAAUUAAAGCGAAAGCAACGUCAAGCGCAAAUGCAAGCACGAGGCUUGGUAGAAGAAAGAGCAGACUUUUUGGCGCAAUUACAAGAUCAGAAUCGUGAACUGAUCAAUCUUCGAGCUCGUCUUGGUUUAGCAAGAAAAGAAAAUGAAGAUUUAAGUAAAUUGCAGGGUUAUCCAGAUUUAACGAACAAAGCCGUUUAUGAUUUGGACGAUCCUGAUAGACCAAGAUUUACCACUGCUGAAUUGAAAGAAAUUUUACAUGAACGAAAUGAACUGAAAGCCAGAGUUUCAGAUUUGGAAGAUGAACUAGAGUUGUAUCGACCAAAACCUGAAACGGUAGAAGAUUACAAAGAUGCACCAGUUCAAGGCCCUCUUCCUUAUGAACCAGAUGAUGCACCCUGGAAAAAGGCAUCUGAAUCUGGAAUUCGUAAAUUUUUCCGGAAAAUUUUCUCGGAGCCUAGCAGUAGUUUUUUAGUUGGUAGUAGUCCGCGUAGAAGUCUCUCUAGUCUAUCAAAAAUGGCCCUGUCUGGAAAUAGUACAUGCGACGAGUCUGUAUAAUGACUUUUUUAACAAACAACCAAAUGACUUUCAGAAUCUUAUAAAAAUACCUUGAGUAUAAUGUUAUUAUAUUUAUUCAAUAGCAUUCGGUUUCUUGAUAAUAAUAUGUAGUAAGUUAUUUUUAAAUAAUUCCUUAUUUUAAAAACAGUUAUUAAUUAGAAUAAAAUAAGUUGCUAAUAUAAAUAUAGACAUUUGACAAACACAAAAUAUUCACAUGUGUACAAAAUUAACAUAUAUCUACUUAAAGAGUCUAAAAUAAUUAAAUACAUAUACAUCUUUUUAUGUUGAAAAUUGUAUUGACGUGCCUGAAAAGUUAAAAAGUAUUGAUAAUAGUACAUGUAGUAAUAUCUCUUUACUUUCGUACAUUUUUUGCAUGAUUGUUA